GAAGCCCCCUCCUAUCCCGUCUUCCCUUUCCUUUCCCGUCUCAUCCUUUCAGCGCCAAAACCUUCUAACUCUUCUCUCUCUCUCUCUCUCUCUCUCUCUCUCUCUCUUUUAUGGCUCUACCUGUUCGAUUGUUAUCGUCCUUAUCCUUCUCCCCUUGCCGUCCCUCUUUCUCACUACGCCGCUUUACGCCGCCGCCGCUUGCGGCAGUCGGUCCUGACAGAAAGUUCCGCCCACUGCCCUCCGACGAAGAUCCUCCGGAGGCUCCAGAGGAUUCCUCCCAUGGCGUCUCCCGCAUGGAGCAGUUCCAGAUUCAGGUCGCCGCAGCCCGCCGUCGCCAGGAGGAGCAGUUCAAGGAGGACCAGCACCUUUUUGUCUCUGCCUUCGCUCUUGAAGAAGACCCUCCUUCACCUGCCGACGGUGAGACCGAGUCAUCCUCCGGAGACAACCCGUUUGGCGAUAUCGACCGUGCCAUCUCACUCAAGCGCCAGGAAUUCGUUAAACAGGGCCUUCUGCCUCCCAAUCCACCGAAAAGUAAGAAUAAUGCUCCUCCCAUUGAUUCCAUUGAGGAGCUUUUACCCGAAGAAGUCAUUGAUCUUGAGGAGAUCGAGGAGCUUCAUGGAAUUACCGUAAUAUCCAAUGACGAAAUUCAGGAAGAAAAUCCCGUCAAAAUGCCAGAGAAGGAUGCUGCUGCACUUUCCGAUUCUCCAUCAUUUGAACUUGAUCUUGAAAGUUUGGGCAAGUCCAGGAGCCAUAUAUCGGAACCUAAAUUCAGUAUGACGCUUGCUGAGCUUCUGGAUGAUAGCCGGGUUGUGCCAUUGUCUGUUUAUGGAAAUUUGGAGGUGUUGAUCACUGAAAUUCAGCAUGAUCCUAAAGAAGUCAGCUCCGGUGAUCUCUUUAUUUGCUGUCCUGGAGCAACCACUGAUGGGCAUGAUUAUUUAACUGAAGCAGAUAAGAGAGGAGCAGUUGCUGUUGUAGCUGAUAAGGUGAUAAAUUUAGAUGAGACACUAGGGUGCAAGGCUCUUGUUGUUGUGGAGGACACCAAUUUGGUGCUGCCGGUUCUUGCUGCUUCUUUCUAUCGUAACCCUUCCAGUACACUGUCGGUAAUUGGGAUUACUGGGACACGCGGUAAGACCUCAACAUCAUACUUGGUAAAGGCGAUGUAUGAGGCUAUGGGAUUGAGGACAGGAAUGCUGGGUUCUCUUGGGCACUACAUCCAUGGGGAUAACAAAUUGGAGGCUUCUGAGUCGACUCCAGAUGCUGUAACUAUUCAGAAAUUAAUGGCAAAGAUGGUCCAUAAUGGUACAGAGGCGGUUGUGGUGGAGGCUUCUUCUCAUGGUUUGGCUGAAGGAAGAUGUGAUGAGGUAGAUUUUGACAUUGCCGUAUUCACUAAUCUGACAAGGGAUCAACAUGAAUUCCAUGGGAUAGAGGAGUACAGGAACAGUAUGGGCAGGAUGUUCGAAGGGAUGGUUGACCCUGAGCGGCACCGGAAGGUUGUGAACAUUGAUGACCCCAAUGCUUCUUAUUUCAUGUCUAAGGGGAAUCCAGAUGUUCCAGUUGUGACAUAUUCUAUUGAGGAUAAAAAUGCUGCUGUGUAUCCUUUGAAGUUUGAGCUUUCAUUGUUUGAAACGCAGGUUUUGGUUCAAACGCCAAAAGGGAUACUUGAAAUAUCAUCAGGGUUGCUCGGACGGCAUAAUAUAUGCAAUAUACUUGCAGCAGUUGCUGUUGGGAUUGCUGUUGGUUCACCAUUGGAGGAUAUUGUUAGAGGGAUUGAGGAAGUAGAUGCUGUUCCCGGCAGAUGUGAGUUGAUAGACGAGGAGCAAGCAUUUGGUGUGAUUGUUGAUUAUGCUCGAACACCAGACGAUUUUUCCAGGCUCCUGGAUACCACAAGGGAGCUGGGACCAAGGAGAAUUAUAACUGUCAUUGGUUGUUGUGGGGAAGAAGAAAGAGGCAAGAGGCCACUUAUGGCAAAAAUUGCGACCGAUAAAAGUGAUGUAGUUAUGUUGACAUCUGACAAUCCAAAGAAUGAAGAUCCACUUGAUAUUUUGGAUGACAUGUUGGCUGGCGUUGGAUGGACUAUGCAAGAUUAUUUGAAAUAUGGUGAAAAUGAUUACUACCCACCUCUACCUAAUGGCCACAGGCUUUUCUUACAUGAUAUUAGGAGAGUAGCUGUGCGGGCUGCUGUUGCUAUGGGUGAGGAGGGUGAUAUAGUUGUUGUUGCUGGCAAAGGUAAUGAUGCAUAUCAAAUUGAAGGUGACACGAGGGAGUUUUUUGAUGAUAGAGAAGAAUGCAGAGAAGCAUUGCAUUAUGUUGAUGAAUUGCAUCAAGCUGGGAUAGACACAAGUGAAUUCCCAUGGAGGUUGCCAGAAAGUCAUUGAUGGUUCACUUGAAGAAGUUUGAGGCUUUGUACAUAUUCAAAGUAUAGAUUGUCGGCUCUAAUUAGAUGGCCUGCAUUUUUCCCCAAAAGCUAGGCAAAUGAGGUUUGUUUUUGCAUUUUUAUCUAAUGCUAAUGAAUAAAUAUUUGUUAAUAUCUCCUUUUUCUGCUCCACCCUGAAAAUUUGAAAUCAAGAAAUUAAUUGUGGUCUUUUUGAUUUGUUGUUAUUUGAAAGACAAUGUGUAGUAUGUUAUUUCAACGCUGCAUUGUGUUAUUUUGA